UUAUUUAACAACUAUUGGCGAAGUGGAACGUUCUAGUAAACAAAAAAUUCUAGCAAAAAGAUUCGAACAGUAUAUGAAAAAUUCUAAAAAUGAAGAUAUGUGCGAAGAAAUAUCAAAGUUACUUAUGGUUGUCAAUGAAGUUUCUAAUCCUGGUGUAAAGUACAUACAAGAAGCGAAUACAAAAUUAAACAAAUAUUUAGAAGAAAUUAAGGAAAUCUUAAAAAAAGACGAUACUAUUGAAGCUUUUCGAGAAAUUUUUAUCCAUUUAUAUAAAAUGCCCAGGACAUUUGAAAGCUAUAAAACAAUAGUUAAUUAUGAAACUUUACUGCGUCAAACAGCUGAUGAUAUUAUUGACAUGAAGUUAAUUAGUCAGAACUUAGGCACUGAUGCAAAAAAAAAAUUGACUAAUUCCUUGACCUGUUUAAAUACAUUGGCAAAUGAAAUUGCUUAUGACGGAAGAAUAUCCUUUAUACGAUAUGUCUUGAAUUCUUCUAAUAAAAUGCAGAUCAUUUUUAGCAAUAUUUCGCUUACAAAUAUUGAAAUUAAUAGACAUUUUAAAGAGCUUGCUUUAUAUUUUCAUCCUGAUAAAACGGGUGACUAUAAUACUCCAAUUUCGCUUCGAGAUGAACAUAAAAAUUUAGGCGAAGAAUUAUUUAAACACAUUUUAAAAUCCAAAAAGCGCUUGUUGGCUGACUUAGAAAAUAUCAUCCAUGAAGAAGCAGCACAUGAACUUUGGAAAAUUGCGAUUGAUUACCGUAAUGCAGCUGAAGGAAAAUGGGGUCAACUGAACGUGUUAAAUCAAAACGAAAUAAAUCAAUAUUCUUCUGAAGAAUUAAGGCACCUCAGUAUAACUAAUGGUAAAGUAGCCUUUGAGACAUAUCGAGAAGCUUGUAAACUUGCUGAUGAAGAUGACAUAAAUAAACAAAUAAAAUUACGAGAGAAUAUGGCAUUAUGCUUACAUAUUGCUGGUCAAUCAUUAGAGUCCCAGUUGUAUGCUUUAUCAGCAAUUCGUAUGUUACUUAUAAACUGUCCAGUAUCGACACCACAGGAUUAUACGAAAGUAAAAAAAAUAUUUGAUAAAGUUAAUGGUAAUAGCCAUACAGGAGAAGCGCCUGAUAAAAUUACAUUAGAUUUAGAAAAGUUAGGGCAGAGGAACCCCUAUUACGUUAAAAUUUGUUAUCAAGAUUCAAUUAAUGAAAAUAUAGAAAAAAGAAUUUCUGAAUUAAUGCUCAAGCCAGACCGUGGUUUGAUUCGAUGUAAAUCAUCAUCAUCUACAUUCAUUGAAUCGACAUUACUGUAUUGUAUUGGUAUGCUUAAUCCAAUAAUUCCGGCGGUGAUUGACAAUUGGUAUGCGGCAACUCGUGAGAAACUGAUUGAAAUUAUAAAGGAAGCAUUAGACGCUAACGAUAAGGGAGAAUAUCAAGAAUUCAUCAAUAUACUUUCGAAGGAAUAUAAAACAGUACAGAUUGAUGGAAAAAAUGCAAAUGAUUUAAAGGUUUUUGCGAAAAAUGUUUUUUGCGGAGUAUUGAGCGAAGACCUUAAGGAAGACGCUGAAAAGCUAGAUAAUCAGGCAAUUGAACAAACUGUCAAAAUUAUUAAUGAAAUUAGAGAGUCGAUAAGCAGUAAUUAUCAGUUUGUUGGUACUUCUAAAUUACGCUUAGAAACUUUGAAAGAUUUCUUAUGGGUUAUUAAUGGUAGAGAAACAUCUGAAGAAAUUUUUGAGGAAUUUCCCGAAGAAUCAACCGAUUCAUUUCCAUCCGAAAACAAAGACUAUAGAUAUUUGGAAUAUUUGAAUGAACAACUAAAACAAACGUCUUCUCAAUCAGAAAAAGUAAAAAUAUACAAUAAUAUAGCAACUUUUUUUGAGCAUUUGGCCAAAAAAGAUCACAAAAUUGAUAAAUUAAACAGCUUACGUAACUGGAAUAGAGCUCAAAAUAAUUAUGAGCGUGCACGUGAAAUAGAUUCUCAAAAUCUUGAUUCUGCACUUGGUUAUGCAAAAUGUUUAUUAAAAUUGUCCAAAUAUACUCAGAUUAUUGAACUUAUCAACACGAGCACAGUUUUAACCUUGUCAUCAGAGUAUUGGUGCUUCCGUAGUAUUGCUUAUUAUAAGCAAGCCAAUUAUGAAAAAGCGAACGAAUGCAUUAUUGAAGCGUUAAGAUUAGAACCUAAAAACAAAUUAGCUCACGAACAAAGAUUAUUCCUCAAAAAACUAAUGGGCGAAAAUUCGAGUAAACGUCGCAUUAUCCAAUACGAAAGAGAAAAAAAGGAUGCGAAAUAUGAACAAAAUUAUUUCCACAAUUCUCGAACUUCAACCGGUGGUAUCAUUGCUGCUGGACUAUCUACACCGCACAAUAAAUAUACCGAUUUUAAGCCAAAGUUUUCGGCUUCAGAAUUAUUGAAUAUUUACCAAAAUCGUACAAAACAAUUAUUCACUAUAAAUAAUGAACAGAAAUCAAAAACAAAGUAUACGAAUGAAGGUCGCUCUAACCUAUUUAAAGAAUUUUUUGGCCAAACGCAAUUGAGUCAUGCACUCACUGAACUGGUUAUCCCUGCAAUAGAUGAAGCUAAUUCACCGCCAGAAUAUUUAUUUACGCGUAAUGAUGCUCGCAGUGAUGAAUUUAAAAAUGAUUCUUUUGUUAAUACUUUAAUGGCUGCAACGUCUAUACCAACUUUUUUCUCACCCUAUAAGAUAAAUAAUAAAGGUUCUUUCUUGGAUGGAGGUAUGCAUAUCAAUAAUCCGGCAGAAAUAUCCUUUACUGAAGCUAUUAAAUAUAAAGUAGCAAGUGAAAAAAUUUUCAUACUUUCACUGGAUCUUUAUCGAGAACAACUUUUUUGGGCAUCAAAAAAAUUUAAUAUAUCUAACGAAGAAAAUGCAAUUGAUCGUAAAAUGUACUCUAUGCUAGGAAAUCAAUAUCAACGGUGGCAAGUUUCGUAUGAGGAACCGAUAAAAUUGGAUGAUUUUGAAAGAAUUCCGUAUCUCACAGAGAUAGGUCAUCAGUAUUUAGAAGAAUUAGAUGAUUCAGACGAGAAUCCUAUUAAAAAAUUGGUAGAUUACUUUGAAAAUAAGAGGGAUAAUUUAUCCUAG